AUAACCAUAACCAUUAUCAUAAUUCAUAACCGAUGUUCUUCUCACCUCUAUUUCUACGCCUUCUCUUCCUUCUUCUUCCUCACAUUUCAAAUUCAAUUUAAAUUUCAAUCAGCAACAUAGUAAUGGCAUUCUCUCACACUUUUUUCACAGUAUUACGCGUGUGUGAUUAAUCUUAAUCAUACCAUAAUAACCUAACAUGUACACUAACAAAAACAACACCGUUUAGUUUUUUUAUUUUAUUUUUCCAUUUCUUACAAUUAGUGUUGUGUAUUAUAUUACUUUUAAUUUUCGGUAGCACGCACGCUUUAACGCUAAGAUUGGGUGUUGUGUCAAAAUCUAUUGUUAGCACCCCCCAGAUGAUGCAGAUGCAGACUCUGGGUUCGCUUUGUUUGUUCGUUUUUCUUCAUCAUCACUCUGUUCUCUCUUUAUAUCACAAGUUUCUUCGAUUUUCCCUUCGUUUUGUUCUCUUCAUGGAUUUACCUUCCACCUUCAAUUUCCUCACACAAGCCAGUGAACUUGGUUGUGGUUUCGUUCUCCUUGGUUAUUUCUCUCGUCUUUUCAAUUUCGUUGGUCUUGUUUUGAUCUUCGGUAUUUGUCUCAAGAUUCUGCGUUUUUCUGAUACACCCAUCUUUUGGAAUCCAACAAAGGUUCAUAAUUUGGAUACCCAAUUGAAAUCACCUGCGAAAUGUGAUGAUGGGGUAGUGGCUUCCGAGGAGAAAGAGAGGGAUGAGAAUUUGGAAGAUGAGGUGUUUGAUGUAAUGUCGCUCAGAAAUUUGGUGAAAAUGGAGAGACAGAGAUACCAUGCUGCGUGUGCGGAGAUUGAGAAAGAACGUUUGGCGGCUUCCACGGCUGCGGAGGAGGCAAUGGCAAUGAUCUUGAGGUUGCAGAAUGAGAAGAGUUCGGUCGAGAUUCAAGCCAAUCAGUUUCGGAGGAUGGUGGAGGAGAGGCAAGAGUAUGAUCAGGAAGUGAUCGAAUCAUUGAGGUGGAAUGUUGUGCAACAUGAGUCUCAGAAGAGCUUUUUGGAGGAACAGUUGGGGAUUUAUAAGGAGAAACUGAGGGAAUUUAUGAAUGAUGACGAAAUUGAGCUACUUGAAGGGGCUGAUUUCACUAGGGAGUUUUGUAAUUUCUCUGUUGAAUAUGAUGAUGCUUCUUAGAAUCCCAUCCACACUAGGUGAAAGUUGUUGUCUCAUCUAUCUCAAGCUUGCUAAAUGGAAUUAUGCCUUUUGCAUCAUUUUACUUCCAUCCCCCAAUGUAAAUUGUAUUUAUCCAUCAAUGCAUUUGAAUUAGCUAAUAACUAUUCUGAUAUAAUAAGUUUGUAUCUUUUGUCAAGGUGGAAUUGGUUUCAAGUAAUCCAACUUUCAUUUCAGGCUUACUACAUUAAUCUUGUGAAUGAAUCUCAUGAAGCUUUUGACAUUGCAAGCAUCUGAUUAUGGUUUUAGGCUGGUAACUCUGUGGACAUAUGAUAACAGUGCCUUUUUUUUGUAUAGUUGUUUUUAAUGGUUUUUUAUUGUUGUAAAUUAGCCUCAACAUUAUGGUUUAUUAAUUUGUUUAUGUAUCCUUUGGGGGAAUUUCAUUGUGCUUUUGAUUAAAUUUGGACUUUUUAUUCCUCCAAAUUAAGCUUCUUCGGAGACUCAACCUGUGAUUCUGUACUGUGUAGGGUAGUAGGAUACAUAUUCUAUGGUUCUUUAUGAA